UCUAAAUUUGCUUGUCAAUAACAUAAAAAUUGUCACUAUUUUCGUAACAAACGCAGUAUUUUCCGAGUUUUUUUACGAAAUAAUGUCAAUAGUGUUCGGUAGUGUUCAACGAUUACUAGCUAUCGGAAUAUCGAAUAUCUUAGAUCGGUCAUAAAUAGCUCGAAAAUGGUAGUGGCUUAUAGGAGCCAGUAUCUCCUUAGAACUUGCAAAACUAGUUCAAUUAUUAAAACACUCUCGUUUAGACAACAAGACACUAGUGCCUAUCGUAAGAACUAUUCAAGUAUUUGUUUACAGCCGGCUCCGCUUGAUGAUUUAGCAUAUAUAAGGCUUCGGUGUCACUAUCGAAGACUGCAUUUUUCCAAGGAACCUACCAGAAGUCCCUUAACUAAACUGAGUCCACAAGAGGUAGACAGUAUACUCAGAGCGAACGAAUUUACUCAAGAAUUUAAAGAUGGUUCGGUGAAAUCGUACGACUCAAAUCAACUUCCCUCCAACAAUCCAAUAGAAGAUACAAGAUCUGAGGCUUCGUGUCUGCUCACAACAGGUCUCUUAGUGGGCGUAUUUGAUGGACAUGGUGGCGGAGCAUGCGCACAAGUCAUAGCGAAACGAUUAUUUAACUAUAUAACGGCAUGUCUGUUGCCCCACGAAAGCACUUUGCAGUAUCUUCUAACCCUGGAUCAGCCUAAACCACCAGAUUUGAUAGAAAGUUACAAUGACAAAGUACAAUUUGUAGAAGAUGUUAGGGAUAUUUAUAAGGAAAGUUUUACCAAGUUUGUCAAGGAAUUGUCUGAGGAAGGCUACAAACAACAUUUCGACAUGAGCAAGGCUAUAGAGCGGGCAUUUUUGAGGCUAGAUAACGAUCUAAGUAAAGAGGCUAUACCCGUAAAUGGGGAGAUUAAUCUAAAAACAUUAUCUGUGGCCAUGAGUGGUGCUGUGAGUUGCGUGGCUCAUAUCGACGGUCCUCAUUUGCACGUAGCAAAUCUAGGAGACUGCUGUGCAGUUCUAGGAUCUUUAUCUGAGACUGGUUCGUGGAUACCGAAAAAACUAACCGAGGAACACAACGCCUACAACCCCAUCGAAUACGACAGAGUCAUGUCGGAGCACCCGAAACAGGAGAAAGAAACUGUGAUAUCUAUGGGCCGAUUGCUAGGGCAGUUGGCACCGCUGCGAGCCAUGGGAGAUUUCCGAUUUAAGUGGAGUAAGGAAAUCAUGGUUGAUGUGGUAGCUAAAGCUUUUGGAGAACAGAUGAUACCGCCCAAUUACCAUUCGCCCCCGUAUCUUACAGCGUUGCCGGAUGUGAUUCACCAUAGAUUAACUCCUAGGGAUAAGUUUUUGAUAAUAGCGACUGACGGAUUGUGGGACUGCGUAACUCCUUUAGAGGCUGUACGGUUAGUAGGCGAACAUAUGAAAGGUAAGGUAACUCUACAGCCCUUAAAACUACCUAGAAAGAACAUGAAGCUCAGCGAAAUCAACGACAUGCUCUUGCAGCGUAAGGAAGGAUUAAAAAUCAAACCUAGGGACUCGAACGCCGCUACGCACAUUAUCAGGAACGCACUGGGUGGUACGGAGUACGGUAUAGAUCAUACGAAAAUUUCACAGUUGCUUACGCUACCUGAUGACGUAGUUCGAGUGUUCAGGGACGACAUAACCGUUACUAUAGUGUACUUCGAUACGGAAUUUUUGAGGCACUGUCCAGCGUAGUGAUAGAAAUAUUUUUUUUUUAGAAAACAAGAUAAAGAAAUAUAUUUAUUUCGUAUUUUUUGUUAUUUAAGUAGUUAGUAUAAUUUGAAUUUGCCGUUUAUAAUAUGCUGCCAAAAGUCAAAUAUAACUAGACAGAAUCACAAACUAAAGGUUGAAGUAAUUUAUUUAAAAUAUGGCCAAAACUAAAAUGUGUAUUUUAUAUCUCUGAUAAUGAAGAUAUACAGAUAUGGUCAUCGAAGAAGCGUGGUCUGGAUUUUAACGUGUAAGACAGUGAUGGCGAGACAGCUUAAUGAAAAAUUAAAUGUAUUAAAAAGAGAAAAAUAUUGAGUUGAUUUUCUCCUAUUCGGUAUUGUCGGAUUUUGCGUCAAAAUUUCAAAUCGCCUUAAUAGGCGUUUACGAAAAACGUUAGAUCUAGGGUUGGCAUUAAUUUCCACAAUAGGUCUGUUCACUAAAAAAAAUUGCACUA